AUGCCUAUUGGACCACAGACUGUUUCUUCACCUGCAGGCAAGCGGAAGAGAUCGCACGGGGACGAUGGGAGUGGGAGUGACGAAAGUAUUGGACCGCAGCCGCCUGCCACGACUAACAAGGUAGAGGAGUUGGGGACAAAGAAAGCGCGCGUAAUUGGUCCUUCUUUACCACCGUCACUGCAGCACAACAAGAUUGCGACUACAGCUUCAGGCAAGGACGAAGACAGCGGCAGCAGUGACGACGACGAUUUUGGGCCCAGCUUGCCGACGAAGGAAGACCUAAAAGAUGUAACGAAGAACAGCACCACUGCGAGCAUUUCUGCGCCCGCUCAACCCCCAGCGAAGCCUCGUGUCCAAAGAGACGAAUGGAUGACCAUGGAGCCUGCCACUGGUGACCGGUCGCAGCGUGUUGAUCCUACCAAGAUCAAGAGUCGCAAGUUCAAUACAAGUCGUUCUGUUACCACUGCAAAAGCAGGAGGUGACUCAUGGCACGAGACACCAGAGCAAAAGCAAGCCAGAUUACAAAGAGAAAUGCUGGGCAUCAAGGAUGACAAGACGUCAAGGUCGAAGCCUGCUUCAGCAGAACCGGAACAAGAUCUCGAGACCGCCCAAAGGAUGAAAGAAUAUAGCAAAGCUCGCGGGCCUUCACUGUAUGAUGCGCAUCGUCAGAAACACAAAGCGGAAGAGGACGAUGACCCGAGCGCCAGAGCCUUUGACAGGGAGAAAGAUAUUGCUAGAGGACUACAAAUCAACGCAACACAGCGCAGGGAUAUGAUGAAGAAGUCCAGCGACUUCAACUCGAGGUUCAGUGGGGCUAAGUAUUUGUGA